AUGUUGCCGACGCUCUUAACCAAUCCGAAAGUGGUGGAACAACAAUGUUUCAAGGCCAUAAACGUUAACAAUGAUAUUAGUGAUUGUGGCAUGCUGCGUAAAGGCACACAACUACCAGAGAGUGAUUCAACUGUUGAUGCAAAACUAAGCUGGGUACGCUCACAAAUAAUAGGUGGGGUUGCUGAGAUUCACACUCCAUUUGGAAUACGUAAGCUCACGUAUGCCGAUCAUACAGCCACGGGUCGAUGUCUUGAGUACAUAGAAGACUACAUCAUCCACGCUGUUCUUCCAUUCUAUGGUAAUACUCAUACAAGUGAUAGCUAUGUAGGAGAUCAAACUAUGAAAAUGCUUCAUGAAGCAACUGAGUUCGUCAAGAAAUGCUUAGGCGGAACACAAGAUGAUGCACUUCUUUUUUGUGGAUCGGGCACUACAGCAGCCAUCAAACGGCUCCAAGAGGUCAUGGGAAUCUCUAUUCCAUCAGUUUUAAGAGAAAAAGUACUAAAAUCAUGCCUAACCAGUGAAGAAAGGUGGGUAGUUUUUGUUGGUCCUUAUGAACAUCAUUCCAACCUCCUUUCAUGGAGGCAAAGCCUAGCGGAAGUUAUAGAGAUCGGUCUGAACAAUGAAGGAUUAAUCAACAUGGAUGAUUUAAAGUCCCAACUGAAUCUUUAUCGAGGAACUGGACGCCCGAUGCUUGGUUCCUUUUCUGCUUGUAGUAAUGUCACUGGAAUUUGCUCUGACACCCGUUCUCUAUCUCGCUUGCUUCAUGAAUAUGGAGCUUUUGCAUGCUUUGAUUUCGCAGCAAGUGGUCCGUAUGUAGAGAUUGACAUGAGGUCAGGUGCUGAUGAUGGCUACGACGCCAUAGCUUUAAGUCCACACAAGUUUCUUGGAGGGCCUGGAUCACCGGGGAUUCUUCUGAUGAGCAAGACACUAUACAAACUGAAAGAUUCUCCCCCUUCAACCUGUGGAGGUGGAACAGUUAACUUUGUCAAUUGCUUCAAUGAAAAGGUACGCCAAUCACUAGAAAACUGGCCAUCUUGGCACUGCAUGGACACACUAUAUGUUAAUGACAUAGAAGAAAGGGAAGAUGCUGGGACCCCGCAGAUUAUCCAACGAGUAAAGGUAGCUUUAGCAUUUCAAGUAAAAGAAUACAUUAGCUGUGAAGUUAUUUGCAAAAAAGAGCGCAAUUACAUUGAAAAGGCACUAGAGAGGCUUGUCAAAAAUCCGAACAUAUGGGUGUUGGGAAAUACGACGGUAGAGAGACAACCAAUUCUAUCUUUCCUUGUUUACACGACUACAGACACUUCAGAUACUGAAGCAGGGACACAUAAUAAGCCUCUUAAUGGGGCUUUUGCUGCUAAGCUUAUGAACGACCUUUUUGGUAUCCAAGCUAGGGGAGGGUGUGCUUGUGCGGGACCCUAUGCUCAUUUCUUGCUUGGAAUCGAUGAACAACAUUCGCUGUCAAUAAAAUCUGCAGUUGAAAUGGGCUACAAUGGAGCAAAGUUGGGUUGGACAAGAGUAAGCUUCCCCUACUAUAUGUCCAAUGAGGAGUAUGAAUUCAUUCUAGCCGCGAUAGAAUUUAUAGCUAGCUACGGACAAAGAUUUCUUUCCCUCUACCAAUUCAAUUGGACUACAGGCAGUUGGACUUUCAAGACUAAGGCUUUCGAGGAGAUUAUGCUCAAGGAAAAGGACUUAAAGUUUUGCACAUUAUUUUGUACCAAUGCAACCAAAGCAUUUCAAGUGAAAAGAACCAAACUGAAGACACAUAAUUGUAAAACAACUGAAGGUGCUUAUAUUGAUACAUAUUCAUUUUAUCUGGAUGUUGCAAAUUACAUUGGGAAACUUCUUCCGAAGUUCCCAUCUCAUCAUACAGUUCCAAAAGUUAUAGACCUCGACCAUGUGAUUUAUUUUGUAUAG